CUGAUUACGUCGUCAUUUCUAUAGUGUACCAAGAAUACAACGUACUCAUACCUCCUCGGGCGUGUCUAGGUACCACCUUUGGGGUUUUCAUGCUCCAAUGGCUCCAAUGGGGCCAUUUAAUUCGAUCAACCCUUGAAUGAGCCAAGAAUAUUAUUUACUCGCAAGUCCCCAAUGGCGUCAGAUGCAUCUCUUGGUAACCUUUGUAUGCUUGGACUCUACGGAUAUUCCCAAUUGCGAGAUAGUCAUAAGGUCUGGGCUAUCCCCCUCAUUUCUGUUUCCUUUCGUCAUACUAGCAAAAGUUGAAAUCCCACAUUGUAAGCCUAUGCCUCGCCUAGAUGGCUCCAAAGAAGAAUACCAGCAAGCAGGUUCUUGAUCCUCACCCUUUCUUACUAUCUGUCCAUGAUGUUGCCAGUCAGCUGGGAACAAAUAUUGAAACCGGCUUGAGUGCUAGGAGGGUGGCUGAACUCAAAAAUGAAUACCCUCCAAAUGAGUUGGAAGGUGGGGAAGGUCCUAACUGGAGUACCCUGUUGGUGAAACAAAUCAGCAAUGCAAUGAUAUUGGUGCUUGUCUUUGCUAUGGCUCUCAGCUUUGGUGUUGGGGAUUAUAUUGAAGGCGGCGUUCUUGCAGCAGUCAUUGUUCUCAAUGUCACAAUCGGAUUUGUCCAGGAGUUGAAGGCAGAAAAAAAGAUGGACUCGUUGCGGGCACUGUCAUCACCCAGUGCCGCCGUGCUGCGAGAUGGCAAAAUAGACGUCAUCCCGAGUGCCGAAUGCCUUCCAGGAGACAUUGUAGUCUUGAAAACCGGUGACACUGUUCCAGCUGACUUACGACUCUUCGAAGCAAUGAAUCUCAACUGCGACGAGAAAUCGUUAACAGGCGAGGCAGAACCGGUUGAGAAGACGGUCGAGAAUAACAUUACCAUCCCUGGCACAGAGACGCUGGCUACCAGAGAAGAAGAGGUAGGCAUUGGCGAUCGCCUGAACAUCGCAUACUCGACGACUACUGUUAUAAAGGGCCGCGGGCGUGGUAUUAUUGUCUUCACCGGUAUGUUAACUGAAGUCGGAAGAAUUGCAAGUGCUACAAAUAAGAAAACUCGCAAGCCUGGCCGUUCAAUGAGUGCAAAGAAAUAUGGUAAGGCUCAACCGAUCAAGGGAUUAACUCGACGAACAUAUGAUGGAAUUGGAUGGUUUCUCGGCCUCACAGUUGGGACCCCACUUCAGCGAAAACUAUCCAAGCUGGCUUACCUUUUGUUUGGUUGUGCCAUUUUCCUGGCCAUAAUCGUGUUCGCUGUCAACAAGUUCAACGUGACAAACGAGGUUGCCAUUUACGCCAUUUCUACCGGUAUUGCCAUUAUUCCGGAAUCUCUGAUAGCUGUUCUUACUAUUACCAUGGUUGUUGGAAUGACGGUCAUGAGAAAGGCUAAUGUCGUUGUCCGCGAUCUUUCGGCCCUUGAGGCCCUUGGCGGAAUCACCAAUAUUUGCUCCGACAAGACAGGAACAUUAACUCAGGGAGCUAUGAUCGUGAAGAAAGCCUGGCUGUGGAAGACAGGAGUUUACACGGUUCAGCGCUCAAUGGAUCCGAAUGACCCUACGCAAGGUGUCGUUACUCAGAAUAUUUCUGUGCAGGGCAUCGAAGAGGCACAACCAGAAGCGAAACGUGUCGACUAUGACCAGCAGCGCUCCGCUGCUGCUCUAACAUUUGAUGUACCAGCUGAGAAAGCAAUCAAAGACCAAAUGAAUGGCGAAAACAAAAACGCAGAAGAAGAGGCCGCGGAGAUGAAUCCUGCUCUUGAACAAUUUCUACAAACGGUCGCGCUAUGCAACUUGGCAACGGUCAUGAAAGAGAAGCCCGAAGGCUCUAACGAGGAGAUAUGGCAGACUACGGGCGAACCUACUGAAAUUGCUCUCCAAGUACUUGCCUGGAGAUUCCAAAUGGGCAAGAAGUCCUGGAUGCGCCAAGGCUUCAAGCAAGUUGCCGAAUUCCCAUUCGACAGCACCAUCAAGCGAAUGUCAGUUGUCUACAACUCAGGGGCAGAGAAUAGCCUUGUUUUUACCAAGGGCGCUGUCGAGCGUGUCUUGGACCUCUGCACUACCAUAGGCUCUGGUGAAAACCAGGAGCCUCUGACAGAAGACAUCAAAGAGAAGGUUCUCAAGCAGAUGGAUGUCUUCGCAAACCAAGGACAGCGCGUACUAGCUGUCGCAACGCGCACAUGGAACGGUGAUUACAAAAAACACGCCGAUAGCGUAGCACAACAACACAAGGGCAACAAAGGUGCAGAUGACGAGCUCAGGGGCGAAGUCGAGCAAGACCUUACACUCCUUGGGCUCGUUGGUAUCUACGACCCCCCACGUGAUGAGUCCAAAGACGCCGUCCAACAAUGUGCUGAGGCCGGCAUCAAGGUCCACAUGUUGACUGGUGAUCACCCUGCGACGGCCAGCGCAAUCGCCAAAGAAAUCGGAAUCAUUCCCCACAAUAUGUCUGUCUUGUCGCCAGAGGUUGCUGCUUCGAUUGUUAAGAAAGCCACUGAUUUCGACGGCAUGACUAAUGAAGAGAUCGAUGCAAUGCCGGAGCUUCCACUUGUCAUCGCGCGUUGCGCUCCCAGCACCAAGACUCGCAUGAUCGAAGCACUCCGCCGCCGUGGACUGUACAUGGCCAUGACUGGUGACGGCGUCAAUGAUGCUCCAUCUUUGAGCAAGGCUGACGUUGGAAUUGCCAUGGGUCUCGCUGGAUCCGAUGUUGCGAAAAGCGCUGCUAAAAUUGUCCUCACAGAUGAUAAGUUCAACUCCAUUGUCUCCGCAAUUAGCCAAGGUCGCCGCAUGUUCGACAAUAUUCAGAAAUUCGUCCUUCAUCUGCUGACUUCUAACGUUGGCGAAGUUAUUCUUCUCAUCGCCGGCCUUGGUUUCCAAGACAAGAACGGCUUCUCCGUCUUCCCACUCUCGCCACUCCAGAUUCUCUGGAUUAAUAUGCUUACAUCGUCAUUCCCGGCAUUCGGUCUUGGUAGAGAGAAGGCUAGCACUGAAAUUAUGCGUCGCCCACCUCAUGAUAACAAGAGAGGUGUCUUCACUGUCCAGAUCAUGGUUGAUAUGAUGGUUUACGGUCUCUUGAUGGGUGUGUGCACUCUCAUGACUUUCGUGAUCAUCAUCUACGGCGUGAAUGAUGGGAACCUAGGACACGACUGCAACCGAUCCUACAGCUCAUCCUGCGACGCAGUAUUCCGCGCCCGUGCCGCUGUCUUCGCCGAAUUAACCUGGCUUAUUCUAAUCGCCGCUUGGGAAUUCAAGUCUAUCCGUCGCAGCAUGUUCCGUCUCGACCCAAGCUCUGAGAGUAGAUUCCCCUUCUUCAAGGACGUGUAUGAGAACAAGUUCCUGUUCUGGGCCGUCGUUAUUGGAGCCAUAUCUGUGUUCCCAGCCGUCUACAUCCCUGGCUUGAAUACCAACGUCUUCAAGCACAAGGGCAUCGGAUGGGAAUGGGCGCUCUCAUUUGGCGCCGUCUUUGUGUUUGUGAUUGGCGUCGAAGCCUGGAAGUGGGUUAAGCGCCAUUAUCAUAUCUUCGAGCGUGGCUUCGAGGACAGAAGUGAAGACGAGCGCCAGAGCAGGUUCGGGAAGUUGAGCUUGAGACAAGGCUUCUUUUCCAUGACUCGGGCCAGGACUAUGAGUUUCAAGCGAACCCUGGGCGUCAGAAGCAACCUUAGUAAGAAGAGCGAUGGUGUGAGCAUCGCCGAGGUGACGACUAAUGAUACUAGUCGAGCCUCCAUGGAUGUCAAUGACAACGGUCGUGAGAUGGUGCAGGUUGGUCAGAUGAGACCGGAAGAUCAGGUCUAGAUGUGUUUGCUCUCUAUGAUUGUUUUUUGUGAUACCAUUUCGCAAUUGCUAUAUCCUGAUAUUUAUUAAACAUGGCAGAAUGUCUAUAUUUGGAGGGUAAAAAUUAUAUGUCCAAGUGUGGGACGAAGGCGUUUGUUUAUAUUUUAGAGUCAUAAGAGGUG